UUUAUUUUUUUAUUGUAUUUUUUUUCAUUACCAUUUAUCUCCCUCAUACCCUCUUCCUCCCCCUUCCAUUUUUAAAAAGGGCAAGUAGAGUUUCAGAUUUUGCAGCUGCAAGAAAGAAAGGAAAGUGUUCAAAACCAUCCCAGUGUUUUUGGUCCUAGCAGCUAGAAGCAGCGGAGUCUCCAUCAACUGGACUGGGGAAGAUGAUAGUAGGUUAAUUCUCUUUGAGAAUAUCAGAAGGUCCUUUUUGUUAAGAUUUUAAAAAUUUCAAAGAGCAGGAAGUGGAAACAUCUAGUGAGCAGCUGAACACAUGGAUCUGGAAAUCUGAGGAAGGAUCAAGGUAGGAGUCAAGCAAAACUGGUGGCUCUUUUGUGUUAUAGCAAAUGUGGUAGAGCUGAGGGUGUAACCUAGAGCUGAGGGUGAAGAUGUGAAGGGGGCAGAGAUCACACAGUGGUGUGCACAGCCAGAGAAAGUGUGACCUCGUGGUCCUGGGUACCUGGUGUUGGGACUUAACGGUGAAACAUAAGAGCAUGUUUGGCUGUGUCUUGGAGGCAUGAUCUGGGACACUCAGUGGAAUUGCUUAGCUGAUAGGAUGGGGGCCUGCUGGAAUAGCCCCAAGUUUAGAUGGCAUUUAUCUACCCCACUUCCUCUUUUUCUGCCUACCUUUGCUGAGGGCGAUGUGAGUGAUUAAUGAGACCGUGAUGAGACAGUAGGCAUUCCUGGCACCAAGGGCUGGGCCCUUACUUUCCCAACUAAGGGCCCUACAGGACUUUGAGUUUGGUGAAGAGUAGAAUUGUGAAGUCUUAGACACACUUUUCCAUAUUAUUUGUGUUCAUUCUGACAGGUUGUUGUGACCUUUGAGGAUGUUGCUGUGUAUUUCUCCAGAACAGAAUGGCAUUUUCUUGAUAAGGCUCAGAAAAUCCUGUACUUUGAUGUGAUGCUGGAGAACUAUGCUCUUAUAUCAUCACUGGGAUAUGAAUUUUGCGGACGUGGCCAUUGCCUUCUCCCAAGAGGAGUGGGGGCUCCUUGAUGAGGCUCAGAGACUUCUGCACUGCGAUGUGAUGCUGGAAAUCUUUGCCCUUGUAGCAUCCGUGGGUUGUUGGCAUAAGAUGGAAGAUGAAGAGGCCCCUGCUGAGCAUAUUGUAUCUAUAGAAGGAGAGUCACAGGUAAGGGUUUCUACAACAACUCCAAUAAUGCAGAAGACCCAUCUCUGUGAGCAGUGUGUCUCAGCCUUGAAAACUGUUUUGCACCUGACUGAGUUCCAAGCAGCAUACCUUGAGCAGAAAUCAUUCUUCAGUGACGUGUGUGUGAGAGGCUUCUGUAUCAGUGCAAACUUUCACCAACAACCAAGGCCUGCCAGGGGAGAGAAUCCCAGGAAAAUGAAUAUGGACAGGGCCUGGUUUGUGACUAGGUGCAGGUGCUAUGUAUCAAGGGCACUUUUCACCAGGAGAGAGGUUGAGGAGGACUUCCCAGCCAUCUUAGGACUUCUCCAACACCAGGCCACUCAUAACAGCGAAGAGCCACUCAGUUGUGGUGAGAGUUGGCAGGCCUUUCAUGGUGGAAAAGGUCAUCAUCGAUGGGGUGAACGUGAAAUAGUUGCCAGCUACAACCACAGUGUCGUUCAUUGUCAUGGUGUCUGCUCGGGAGAGUGGCUUUAUGAGUGUAGCAAAUGUGGGAAAGCCUUUAGACAAAUCUUUUACCUCAUUCGACAUAGGAGAGUUCAUAUGGGAGAAAAGCGAUACGAGUGCAGUGUUUGUGGGAAGUGCUUUAACCGCAAAUUUUCCUUUAUUCAACAUCAAAGUGUUCACACAGGAGAAAAGCCGUAUGAGUGCAGUGUUUGUGGUAAGUGCUUCAGCUGCAAAUAUAUCCUCAUUCAACAUCAUAGAGUUCACACUGGAGAAAAGCCUUAUGAAUGCAGUGUUUGUGGGAAAUGCUUUAGCUACAAAUUUAAUCUCAGUAAACACCAGAAAAUUCAUGCUGGUAAAAAACCCCAUCAGUGCAGUGAUUGUGGAAAGUCCUUCGGUGAAAGCUCUGUUCUCAUUCAACACAAAAGGGUUCACACUGGAGAAAAGCCAUAUGAGUGUAGUUAUUGUGGGAAGCCCUUCAGACAAACCUCCAGUCUCAUUCAACACUACAGAAUUCACACGGGAGAAAAGCAGCAUGAGUGCAGUGUUUGUGGGAAAUGCUUUCGCCGCAAAUUUAACCUAAUUCGACAUCAAAGAAUUCACACUGGAGAAAAGCCAUAUGAGUGUGGAGAUUGUGGGAAGUUCUUCAGCCGAAGCUGUAAGCUUAUUGAACACCAGAGAAGCCAUACUGGUGAAAAGGUGAAUGAGUGCAGUGUUUGUGGGAAACACAUUCGCCACAAAUUUAACCUCAUUCAACAUCAGAGAAUUCACACUGGUGAAAAGCCGUAUGAGUGCAGUGAUUGUGGGAAGUCUUUCAACCAAAGUUCUGCCCUCAUUCAACAUCAGAGAGUUCACACUGGAGAAAAGCCUUAUGAGUGUAGUAAUUGUGGGAAAUGCUUUAACUACAAAUAUAUACUCAUUCAACACCAGAAAAUUCACAGUGGAGAAAAGCCAUAUGAGUGCAGUGAUUGUGGAAAAUGCUUUAGCUACAAAUACAUACUCAUUCAACACCAGAGAAUUCACACUGGAGAAAAGCCGUAUGAGUGUAGUGAUUGUGGAAAGUUCUUCCGCCAUAGCUCUGGCCUCAUUCAGCACCAGAGAGUUCAUACUGGAGAAAAGCCGUAUGAGUGUAGUGAUUGUGGGAAAUUGUUUAGCUACAAAUAUGUACUCAAUAACCACCAGAGAAUUCACACUGGAGAAAAGCCGUAUGAGUGUAUUGAUUGUGGAAAGUCCUUCAGCCAAAGCUCUGCCCUUAUUCAACACCACAGAGUUCAUACUGGAAAAAAACCAUAUGAGUGUAGUGAAUGUGGGAAAUCCUUUAGACGACGCAGCCAACUUGUUCAACACUGUCGAGUUCAUUCUGGAGAGAAGCCUUAUGAGUGUGGGGAAUGUGGGAAAUACUUUAGCUAUACAUCUAACCUCAUUCAACACCAGAAAGUUCACAGUGGAGAAAGACCUUAUGAGUGUAGUGAGUGUGGGAAGUCUUUUGGCCACAAAUCUCACCUUCUUCGGCACCGGAGAGUUCACACUGGAGAAAAGCCCUAUCAGUGUAGUGAAUGUGGGAAGUCUUUCAGCACAAGUUCUUCCCUCAUUCAACACCAGAAAGUUCACUCUGGUGAAAAGCGGUAUGAAUGCAGUGAUUGUGGGAAGGCUUUUAGCCAAAGUUUUAAACUCAUUGAACACCACAGGUGUCACACUGGUGAAAGGCCUUAUGAAUGUAGUGAAUGUAGGAAGUCCUUUAGGCAGCGCUCUAGCCUUUUCCGACACCGCAGAAUUCACACUGGAAAAAAACCUUAUUAGUGAAGCAAAUAUGGGAAAGCCUUUGGACAAAAUUGUAACCUUAUUUGACAUUAAGAAAGAUCAUACUGAAGAAAUGCCUUUAUGACUGUAACGACUGGCAAAUCCUUGUGACAUCCUCCCAAAUUGUCCACAUUAUCAAGUUUAUUCUGGAGAAAAGCUUUAUGAGUGUGACGUAUGAGGGAAAUCUUUUAGCAUUCCUCUAGCCUCCUUGAUCACUACAGAGUUCACCCUGGAGAAGAGUUGUAGGAGUGUAAUGAAUGUUGGAAGUCCUUCAGCCAGACCUCUACCCUUAUUAAACAUCAGAGAGUUCACACUGGUCUAAGGUCUUACAAAUGUGGUAUAUGAAGAAAGUCGUUUAGAAAUAGCUGUAGCCUUUUUGACACCGCACACUGUAGACUAGAGAAAAGCUUAUGAGUGCAGUAAAUAUUUUUAAAAAGUACCCUGACUGGUGUGGCUCAGUGAGUUGGGUGUUGUACCACAAACCAAAAGAUUGCUGGAUCAAUUCCCA